GCUGAUCCAGAGCCAGAGCUGCUGUGCAUCUUCGGGACGGGCGACUUGGGGCGAUCUCUGGGCCAGCGUCUGCUCCAGUCUGGCUACAGGGUUGUGUACGGCAGCCGCAGACCUCACAGCUGUGGCCCGCUGCCUCAGGGAGCUCAGGUGAUGACCCACCAAGAGGCGGCCCAAUCUGCAAAUCUGAUAUUCAUCUGCGUUCAUAGGGAACACUAUGAAUUCCUGAAAACUCUGGCGCCUCAUCUUGAAGGAAAGGUUCUGGUGGACCUCAGUAACAAUCUGAAGAAAAACAAGUACCCAGAAGCCAACGCCGCCUACUUGCAGAGGCUGGUCCCGAAAGCUGCCGUGGUGAAAGGCCUGAACACGCUGUCUGCCUGGGCCCUGCAGAACGGACUGCUGGCAGGAAAACAGGUGUACCUGUGUGGGAACAAUGCAGCAGCUAAGCAGGCAGUGGCAGAGAUGGCCACCAAACUGGGCCUCGCCGUUCUGGAUCGAGGGUCUCUGUCUGCAGCCAGAGAGAUCGAGGACUUCCCCCUGCGACUCUUCCCCGAGUGGAGGCUGCCUCUGUGCGUGGCGCUCGGCCUCACCGCCUUCUUCUUCUUCUACCUGCUCAUCAGAGACGUCAUCUACGCCUACGUCGAAAAGGAUCAAAACAUCUCCUACAGGAUCAUGGUGUCCCUGGCCAACAAGGUGUUUCCAAUCGUGUCCCUCGUCAUGCUGUCUCUCUGCUACCUGCCUGGCGUUAUAGCCGCCUUCCUCCAGCUCUACAGAGGGACCAAGUACAGGCGCUUCCCCGACUGGCUCGACCGCUGGAUGCUGUGCAGGAAGCAGAUGGGUCUCGUUGCGCUCGGCUUUGCUUUUCUCCAUGUCGUCUACACGCUCAUCAUUCCCAUUCGCUAUCCGUUUGAGUACAAUCUCAUUAAGCAGGUACAGCGAGCUGCCCCGAACCAGAAUCAAACUACUCCAUUGCACUUUGAUAACACCGAAGCAUGGGGUGCAGAUUCGUUCUUUGUGACGGGAAUCCUGGGCUUCUUCCUUUAUGUCCUGCUAGGGCUGACAUCGCUGCCCUCUGUGGGAGGCUCCCUCAGCUGGAGAGAGUUCAGCUUCGUUCAGUCCAAGCUGGGCUACCUGACUCUCUUCAUCUGCACGACACACGGCUACAUUUACGGCUGGAACAAAUUCCUUCGGCGGUCGACCUACAAGUGGUACACCCCCCCGGCAUUCAUGCUCUGUCUCAUUGUGCCUUCCGUGGUCCUAGUGCUCAAGUUUAUCCUCCUCGUUCCCUGCGUCGACCGCACUGUAAUGCGCAUUCGGCAGGGCUGGGAGAGGCGCCGGCCGAGGGGGGAGACGGAUGACAUGAAGGCCACCAACAUGUGA